CCCGGGAGUUUGACGCCAUGGGUGGGGCCAAGACGUGAGGGCAGCGCGCUGGCGUCACAGGGGCGGCUAUAUAAGUGAACACAGGCGCCGCCCCUCCGCCCCAGUCACUGAGCCGCCGCCGAGGACUCAGCUGCCUCCCCCUCGAGCCCCCUCGCUUCCCGACGCUCCGUCCCCCCCGCCCGCCUUCUCCCGCAGCCGCCUUCCGCAGGCCGUUUCCACCGAGGAAAAGGAAUCGUAUCGUAUGUCCGCUAUCCAGAACCUCCACUCUUUCGACCCCUUUGCUGAUGCAAGUAAGGGUGAUGACCUGCUUCCUGCUGGCACUGAGGAUUAUAUCCAUAUAAGAAUUCAACAGAGAAACGGCAGGAAGACCCUUACAACUGUCCAAGGGAUCGCUGAUGAUUACGAUAAAAAGAAACUAGUGAAGGCGUUUAAGAAGAAAUUUGCCUGCAAUGGUACUGUAAUUGAGCAUCCAGAAUAUGGAGAAGUAAUUCAGCUACAGGGUGACCAGCGCAAGAACAUAUGCCAGUUCCUGAUAGAGAUUGGACUGGCUAAGGACGACCAGCUGAAGGUUCAUGGGUUUUAAGUGCUUGUGGCUCUCUGAAGC